UAGAUACGGCCAUUCUAUUACACAAUGAACGUUGUGCUCGUUGGACGAUUUAUGAUAUAGAUAUCGACUAGAUACCGAGGUGAAUUAAGGCUGUGGUAUAGAGUUUAAGGAGGGUGUAUUACUAGAUCAUCAUGGCGCGGGGUCAAAAUCGCUGCAAUGAUUGGAGAUAGAAAUAAUCCAGCCUCAUCCCCACCUCAACACCUACCGCCGUCGUUAUCAUCGUUUAAUGAAUUACAAGCUCAGCAAGCCGUAUAGUCUGGUGCGCACUUGAAAGCAUACUAUCUUCUCUCAGCUCAGAGUUUGUUAUCCUCACGUUUAGUAACUAUACCAAAUUACAUACCAUCUCACUCUCACAUCUCAGAUAGACGCCAGUCUCAGGCCAUGGCAUCCGCAGCAGUCAAAUCCUUCACGUUAAUCUUCUACGCGCCGCCCUCCGCAGUCCAAGCAUGCAAAGCAGCCAUCUUCGCCGCCGGGGCGGGCCGGUACCCGGGACCGGGGAACUACACGGAGUGCUGCUGGUCGACGACCGGGACGGGCCAGUUCCGGCCCGGCGACGCCGCGAACCCGCACAUCGGGAGCGUCGGGGCCUUGGAGGAGACGCCCGAGGUGCGCGUCGAGACGCUGUGCGUCGGCGAGGACGUCGUCAAGGGGGCUGUUGCCGCGCUGAAGGGGGCUCAUCCGUAUGAGGAACCCGCGUACCACGUCCUCAAGCUGGAGAACUACUAGCAUAUAUGGAAGCUUGUAAUUAAACAACGAGUAAUAUGGUCAAGGGAUACGAGGAACGAUUUUGUCGACCAUGGCUAACUUGACCUUUCCCCCGUACUCGAAAAAAUAAUGGUUAGUCUUGAGCGAGAUUGUACAUAGACGGCCGUCUACGUCAAUCGAUGGGGCUUCUAUGACUUAAGGGUGGGCUGCAUAUCCAGCCAA